AUGCGAAGGAAGAGUUCACGUCCUUCCCAUGCGAAGGAAAAGUUCCCUUCCUUCCCAUGCGAAGGAAGAGUUCACGUCCUACCCAUGCGAAGGAAGAGUUCACGUCCUACCCAUGCGAAGGAAGAGUUCACGUCCUACCCAUGCGAAGGAAGAGUUCACGUCCUGCCCAUGCGAAGGAAGAGUUCACGUCCUUCCCAUGCGAAGGAAGAUUUCACGUCCUUCCCAUGCGAAGGAAGAGUUCACGUCCUUCCCAUGCGAAGGAAGAGUUCACGUCCUUCCCAUGCGAAGGAAGAGUUCACGUCCUUCCCAUGCGAAGGAAGAGUUCACGUCCUUCCCAUGCGAAGGAAGAGUUCACGUCCUUCCCAUGCGAAGGAAGAGUUCACGUCCUUCCCAUGCGAAGGAAGAGUUCACGUCCUUCCCAUGCGAAGGAAGAGUUCACGUCCUUCCCAUGCGAAGGAAGAGUUCACGUCCUUCCGAUGCGAAGGAAGAGUUCACGUCCUUCCGAUGCGAAGGAAGAGUUCACGUCCUUCCGAUGCGAAGGAAGAGUUCACGUCCUUCCGAUGCGAAGGAAGAGUUCACGUCCUUCCGAUGCGAAGGAAGAGUUCACGUCCUACCCAUGCGAAGGAAGAGUUCACGUCCUACCCAUGCGAAGGAAGAGUUCACGUCCUACCGAUGCGAAGGAAGAGUUCACGUCCUUCCGAUGCGAAGGAAGAGUUCACGUCCUUCCGAUGCGAAGGAAGAGUUCACGUCCUUCCGAUGCGAAGGAAGAGUUCACGUCCUUCCGAUGCGAAGGAAGAGUUCACGUCCUUCCGAUGCGAAGGAAGAGUUCACGUCCUUCCGAUGCGAAGGAAGAGUUCACGUCCUUCCGAUGCGAAGGAAGAGUUCACGUCCUUCCCAUGCGAACGAAGAGUUCACGUCCUUCCGAUGCGAAGGAAGAGUUCACGUCCUUCCGAUGCGAAGGAAGAGUUCACGUCCUUCCGAUGCGAAGGAAGAGUUCACGUCCUUCCGAUGCGAAGGAAGAGUUCACGUCCUUCCGAUGCGAAGGAAGAGUUCACGUCCUUCCGAUGCGAAGGAAGAGUUCACGUCCUUCCGAUGCGAAGGAAGAGUUCACGUCCUUCCGAUGCGAAGGAAGAGUUCACGUCCUUCCGAUGCGAAGGAAGAGUUCACGUCCUUCCGAUGCGAAGGAAGAGUUCACGUCCUUCCCAUGCGAAGGAAGAGUUCACGUCCUUCCCAUGCGAAGGAAGAGUUCACGUCCUUCCCAUGCGAAGGAAGAGUUCACGUCCUUCCGAUGCGAAGGAAGAGUUCACGUCCUUCCGAUGCGAAGGAAGAGUUCACGUCCUUCCGAUGCGAAGGAAGAGUUCACGUCCUUCCGAUGCGAAGGAAGAGUUCACGUCCUUCCCAUGCGCGAAGGAAGAGUUCACGUCCUUCCGAUGCGAAGGAAGAGUUCACGUCCUUCCCAUGCGCGAAGGAAGAGUUCACGUCCUUCCGAUGCGAAGGAAGAGUUCACGUCCGAUAAAAUCUUGGUUGAAUUUUCUUGUGAACUUUUAA